AUGAGGAGACGUCCUUCCGUCUCGGGAGAAGAUGAGGAUGGCCCUAGAUCCGUGCCUGCCGCAAGCACAGAAGAGAUGGACCGAAAUGGGGAGGUGACAUCAAGAGACACCGGCCGCACUCUACGGCGAUCAUUUCAGAUGCAGGAGCGAAAGUCAAGUCGAGAUGCCACGGUCACGUCGACUGGAUCCGUCCAGGUCACCACGUCCAUGGCGCGAAACGGUCUCCGAGACUCUGCAUCGGAGGAGCGCUCGCCUUCGAACAUCACCAAGUCAAAAAGCUUUACAGAUACAAUGCCCGACCAUGUUCGCCAACCAACAACGCGAUUGCAAAAUCCAUGGAGGUGCUCUCUUUUGACACUAGCCACGAGUAUCAGUGCUAUUGUUCUGCUGCUCACCAUCGUCAAUUCGUUUCUCCACAUGCAGCAAGAUCCGAAAGGUUGCGCAAUGUCAUACAUGAUGCCUAUGUUCGCGCGAUUCUCAGACUUUGACACCGAGCACACCCGCUUCGCCAGUAAAUACUCGCUAUACAUGUACCGAGAGGGAGGAGUAGACGAAGACACCAGAGUAAAGGGAAUUCCGGUUCUGUUCAUCCCUGGGAAUGCUGGCAGCUAUAAACAAAUCCGACCGAUCGCUGCUGAAGCUGCACGCUACUUCCAUGAUGUGCUACGUAUGGAUGCAAACGCCAUUGCAGACGGGAAACGCCCGCUGGAUGUCUUCACGGUGGAUUUCAAUGAGGAGCUGGUGGCUUUCCAUGGGCAGACUUUGCUUGACCAGGCGGAAUACUUGAAUGAAGCGGUCGCAUACAUCCUGGCGCUUUAUCACAAUCCGCAGCGAUCAGAUCGAGAAUCCGGACUUCCCAACCCCAAAUCUGUCAUCAUCAUCGGUCAUUCCAUGGGAGGUGCCGUGGCUCGGGCGAUGCCCAGCAUGCCGAAUUAUCAAGAGAACACAAUCAACACCAUCCUCACGCUUUCAGCACCUCAUGCCCGCCCUCCAAUAUCCUUCGACCCGGCAAUGGUAUCGGCAUAUAACCGGAUCAACGCAUUUUGGCGAAACUCCUUUCUCUCAAAGUCGCGUAGAAAUUCUCUGGACGAUGUCACACUCGUGUCGGUUGCGGGCGGAGGCCUGGACACAAUGAUUCCCUCCGAAUAUACGAGCUUGACUUCGUUGGUGCCAGAUACCCAUGGCUUUACGGUAUUCACGUCCAGCAUUCCCAACGUCUGGACUGCGGCGGAUCACCUGGCUAUCAUGUGGUGCGACCAGGUGCGAAAAGCUCUGGUCAGGGCAAUCUUUGAUGUAAUCGAUGCGAGGAGACCUACGCAGACACGAGCACGUCCCGAGAGGAUACAAGCACUCCGCAAACGACUUCUCACAGGCAUGGAGCCUGUAGUCGCAAAAACAGCUAUCCAUCUUGCUCCCUCGAUGCAAUUGACUUUGGAGCACGAUCAUGCCACCGUGCUAGCCGAGGGAGAGCGACUGGUCUUUAGACCGUUGAGUGAUAGCGGCAAUCAUCGAGCACACGUCAUGCCCAUCCCUCACGUGCAAUCUCUCGGCCAGGGAGCAAAGUUUACCUUGCUCACCGACCAGGUGUUGGCCACCGCUGAAGGAGAGAGCGCUUUGUCUUUAUUCCUUUGCAAUCCUUCCUCCGCACAUGGCCUGGGGUCUGCCGGUCCAUCUCACACGUCUGGGCCAGGAGCUUACUUCGAUCGCUCUGACAAACUGGCUUGCACCAACAUAGCGUCCGAUAUAUCGCUACUUCCAGCGUCCCGUGGCGACUCUCACAAUUCAUUCGAUCAGUCGCAGCCAUUCUCCUACAUUCAAUACGAUCUGGCCGAAAUCUCAGGAUAUCACUACGUUACCGUGGUAGAGACGCCAAGCGAGUCAGGCAACGGCUGGCUGUUUGCGGAAUUCAGCAAUGAGAGCAAUUCGUCCGUUCUCAUCAAUCAAGGUCACCACGAAUUACUCCUUCACGGACUGGAGGUAGAGCUGCCCUCGAAUAGACCAUUGAUGACCGAGAUCAAGAUUCCUGAGAUCCAUUCCACUCUGUUCGCUUAUCGAAUGACCCUCGAUCGCCGCAUGUGCGACCAGAGCGUCGAAAGCUUUGCUCCACUCGUCCGACAAUACAUUGCCGAGCCCUACGAAUCGAAGUAUUUCGUCAACACCAAAGGCGGCAACAUCAAUGUGCACGGUCUCUCCCCGUAUAUGCCACCUCCACUGCAGGGUGGUGGCGCUACGGAAGGGCUGUCUCUUCAGUUGUGGACAGAUCCUACCUGCAAUUCCACAGUGACUGUCACCCUCAAAGUCGAUGUGUUGGGCAGCGCUGGUAAACUUGUCAUGCGAUACCGCACAAUUUUCGCCGCGUUCCCUCUUUUAGUCAUCGCGCUGGUGCUUCGAAAGCAAUUCAGUGUUUACGAUUCUACGGGUGUCUUCAUGAGCUUCACCCAAAGCAUGGAUCAGUGUAUUCGCACCUCCUUGCCCGCUAUCUUCAUCGCUCUGACAUUCUUCGGCGUCGCUGUGUCAAAGUCUAGUCGCAGCGUGUGGUCCCGACAAUUGUUUGGCGGAUUAGAGGAUGGCAAUGAGCUCAACCCCGACUUCACCAUCAACGACCUGAUGUUGGGCACGCCGGAUCCAUUCUUUUGGUUUCUCGUGCCGCUAUUUGCCAUCAUCAGCGUUGGGAUAUGCAUCGCCGCCAAUUACUUAAUCCUGCUCGUUAUUCACAUACUGGUCUUCAUCAUCACUCGCGCUCGGAACCUCAUUCGCAUGGCCGCAUCGACAACUGUUAGACCUCCCGCGGCCGGUAACUCAUAUAAUUAUCGUCUUGUCACUGCUGGUCUUCUUGUCCUGAUGGUCGUGACCGUCAUACCAUAUCAGCUUGCAUACCUCCUUCUCUGCAUUGCGCAAAUAAUCACCUGCAUUCGAGCUUUAAUCAUCGCACUCGAUUCCUCGUCCAGCUCAUCCUCAACCUCUCCGACGACUACCCCUUCACCGAACGUCAACUCUGCGACCGUCACAACAAGUCCGCAAGCCGCGCAGAACUUUUACAACUACGCCCACUCUCUGCUCGUGCUGAUGCUCUGGAUCUUACCAGGCAACAUGCCCGUCCUCAUAGUCUGGUUCCACAACCUUGCUGUGCACUGGUUGACGCCCUUUCCCGUCCACGACAAUUUACUCGCGGUGGUGGGAUACAUCGCGCUAGUCGAGAUCAUGGCCUCUGGAGAUAUGAUCCCUCGGAUCAACGGCCGGGUCCGCGUCCUCACGAAUCUCUUCACCUUCGCGCUCGCAUUGUACGCCGCCAUCUAUGGCGUCACAUAUGCAUACCGCAUGCACUACCUCAUCAAUGCGCUCUGCUUCUGGCUGGCGCUUCUCCACCUGUCUUGCAGUCCCCGCUCGCUGGCGAGCUGGACUGUCGUCCAGAAACCAGUCGAGACGAACAAUUCCUCGUCAGCAGCGGCGACCGCGAUAGACAAAAUGGAUCUCGACGGCAAGAAGCGCGGAUGA